CAUCUUUCUCUUAUCUAACACCAUCUCCUACAACAAGACUCUCGCUGUCCCAUGGCUUCCAGUGAUAAGCCCGACACAGAUUACGGAAAGGAAGUCCGGCCACCCCCGCCGGCCACCAAGAACUAUUUUGCUGUGGAUGUGGCCCUCAGGGUCCUAUUGUUUGCAUCGGCUCUGACAGCUGUCCUCGUGAUAGUCACUAGCAACCAAACGAAGCUAAUUCCCGGGUUAGCAGGAAGUCGCAAGGCCAAGUUUAGUCAUUCGCCAGCUUUCAUAUAUUUUGUGGUGGCGCUUUCCGUAGCUGGCCUCUAUAGUAUCCUCACAAUAUUGGCAUCAAUCGCGGUCCUGUACAAACCAAUCUCCUCAACAAAGUUCUUGCUCCAUUUUGCAGUUUGGGAUGUGUUGAUAUUAGGGCUGGUAGCUUCAGCAACGGGCUCUGCAGGUAGUAUUGCAUAUGUGGGGUUAAAAGGCAACGACCACGUGCAAUGGGGUAAGGUGUGCAGCACCUACGACAAAUUUUGCAGACAUCUGGCAGGCUCCCUUGCGGUCUCCUUGUUCGCUUCCGUUGUGCUUGUCCUGCUCAUCUGGCUCUCCAUUUUCACUCUCCACCGUCGGAUCCCCAAGUAGAUCGAGCCUCUGAAAGUCCAAAAAUAUAUCCAAUUUUCUGGCCAUGCACAACCCUCCAGAAAAUUGUGUUGCAUGUAUAAAAUCUCUCAACGUUUGCUAUUUGUGUAUAUCUGUACGUGUUGUCCACUUGCCUAUUAUCUGCACAUGAUAUUGUCUUUGAUUUGUCUUUGGUGUGGUUUUUAAUUCAUCAUCUAUAUGUGACAUGUUAUUGAAUUUAAAACACAAUUAUAUGAUAGUGUUGUAUUUGUGCA